AUUCUUAAACCCAACACCAAAGCAGCGAGCUCAUUUUAUGAAAAAAAAGACUUGUAAACAAGUUUAGCCUCGACAAUAUGUGACGUCUGUGCGUGAUGACGUCACUCGUCGCGCUGUCAAACCAAGACCGAAAAGUGGAUUAAGGACAAACGAUUUUCUUCUAAAGACAGAUUUUGAAUCACUAUAUCAUGGCACUAAGGAACGCGUGUCGCCUCUUGGCUCAACCUCAGCGAUGUGCCCUCCUUUCUUUCGCUCGAGCUCAAGGGACUGCAGUACCUGUUAGGAGGGAGAAGAUUGAAAAGACCAAAGCAACUAAAGUCCAGUUCAACUGGCGCGAUGCUCUGGACCUGGAGGGGCUGCUGACGGAGGAGGAGGUCAUGAUCAGAGACUCUUUUAGAACCUACUGCCAAGACAAACUGAUGCCACGCAUCAUUUUAGCAAACAGAAAUGAAGUGUUCCACAGAGAAAUAGUGUCCGAGAUGGGGGAGAUGGGCGUCCUUGGUCCAACCAUCAAAGGUUACGGCUGUGCGGGGACAAGCUACGUGGCCUACGGUCUGAUCGCCCGAGAAGUCGAAAGCGUGGACAGCGGCUACCGUUCGGUCAUGAGCGUGCAGUCGUCGCUGGUCAUGCAUCCCAUCAAUGCGUAUGGCACCGAGGAGCAGAAGCAGAAGUAUCUGCCCAAGCUGGCUCGUGGAGAGAUCCUAGGUUGCUUUGGCCUGACGGAGCCAAACCAUGGCAGCGACCCGAGCAGCAUGGAGACCAGAGCGAAGUACAACCCGUCCAGCCGCACCUACUCCCUCACUGGCUCCAAGACGUGGAUCACCAACUCCCCGGUGGCGGACAUCGCGGUGGUGUGGGCAAAAUGCGAUGACGGGAAGAUUCGCGGCUUCAUCCUGGAGCGAGGCAUGAAAGGCUUCUCCACUCCCAAGAUCGAGGGCAAGUUCUCCCUGAGAGCGUCCGCCACUGGCAUGAUCGUCAUGGAUGAGGUGGAGGUUCCGGAGGAGAACCUGCUUCCCAACGCGUCUGGCCUCGGGGGUCCAUUUGGCUGCUUGAACAACGCUCGUUACGGCAUUGCGUGGGGGGCCCUGGGGGCCGCAGAGUUCUGUUUCCACGCAGCUCGUCAGUACACGCUUGACAGGAUCCAGUUUGGCGUGCCGCUCGCACGCAAUCAGCUCAUGCAGAAAAAGAUGGCCGACAUGUUGACGGAGAUCACCAUCGGCCUGCAGUCCUGUCUGCAGUUGGGAAGACUCAUCGAUGAGAAAAAGGCUGCCCCCGAGAUGAUCUCCAUGCUGAAGAGGAACAGCUGCGGCAAAGCCCUGGACAUUGCCCGACAGGCCAGAGACAUGCUGGGAGGAAACGGCAUCGCAGACGAGUACCACGUCAUCCGCCACGUCAUGAACCUGGAAGCCGUCAACACAUAUGAAGGUACGCAUGAUAUCCACGCGUUGAUCUUGGGCCGAGCCAUCACCGGGCUGCAGUCCUUCACCGUGGACAAAUAAGACGCCAAUUCCGAUUGCCGCCAAAUGGGAGUCUGCUUACUGUACGCAUCACUUCUGUAAUAUGACUGUGUGGACGACGGAGAUAUUUUUGAAAUUUGAGUGACCGCUUGUUUUCCUCUGAUUUUUGUUUGCACAAAAUGACCGCACCAGGAGGCUUUCAUGUCGACAUCAGAUUUGCUUUACGUUACUGAUCGGAGACGCGGUAAUUGAGCUCUCCAAUUAGCAACUUCUGAAGUAGAACCGUGAUCAAUGGUUCUCCAAGACAUGAUUGAUGAUGAUGAUGCAGCAUUUCACUGGUUCCCCCCCCCCCGAGAUGAUCGUGACUGUACGGUUUGCUCAAGGUCAAGUUUGCCGCAGCGAUUUUCAAUAAAAAAGUAUUUUGUGGUU